GUUUGAAAGAGGGUCUGUGAGAUAUUGAACCUUUGAAGAGUGUUCUCUGUCUGUGUCUGUCUGCUCUCACUGCAGAUUAUGGAAAGAUUGGUUGAUUGAUUAUCAGAGAGUAACUUUACCAACGCUACCUCUGCUAGCUUCUCUCUGGGGUGAGGAGACAGAGAACACAGGGAGAGGAGAGGACAGGCGAGAAAUAGAAGAUUGGAGUGAAGAAACAGGGGAGAAUAUCAAAAGAAGAGGUGAGGACUGACUGAGGAGAGUGGGAGGACCAGGCCUGAGUGGACGGAUACAGGAAGAGAGGUAGAGAGGGAGGGUGUUGACCCCCAGUUGCCCCGCUGUUGGGAUAGUUACAAUGGCAUCGCCUCUACUGAUGUACCAUGGGGCGAUCAGUAAACUGGACUGUGAGGAUCUGCUGGGGAAGAAGGGGAAGGAUGGAGCCUACCUCAUCAGAGACAGCGAAACCAUCCAAGGAGCCAUGUGCCUGUGUGUCUAUAAAAAGAAGGUGGUGUAUACCUACAGAAUCCUCCAGACCCACACUGGAAGCUACACCCUGCAGACAGCGUCUGGUGUAGAGGAGAAAUUCUUUAAGACGUUAGAGGAGCUGGUCCGCCAUUAUAAGCGUCGGGGGCAGGGAUUGGCUCAGCAUCUGCGCCACUCAGUCAAGAGGAAGACACUGCUACAACUUCCCGCCCCCAAUGUCAUCGACGAGGUGCCUGAUUAUGAAAAUGUGGAUGCAUCAGACUACGUUGUUGUCCUGCCCUCUUGAUUCAGCAGCACACCCCUGACCUACAUCAUCUAUGAGCCUGUAAAUAUCUAGGUGUGGUGCCUUCAGGCAGGUUGUGUGUUUUUUAAUCCUGAUGCCAGGGGCCGGACUGGUCAAAUUUGAGCCCAUAGGGCCUGUCUAAUUCAUAUAUAUUUUUUAGUUAAAUUAUCAUUAUCUGGCUAAUAAUUGGGGCCUCAAAGUACAAAAAUUGGGCUGGUGUAUUAAAAAUGCCAGGGCUGAUUUUUGGUCUCAGUCCGCCCCUGCCUAAUGCAAUGUGUUGUGUGCUGUUGUGUGUUCCAGGGCUACUGAGAUUGUCAGAGAGAAUAGUGUUUGUCUGGUUGUUGAAGUGGAAGUUAAAAUCACAUUUUAUUUUCACAUGCACGGAAUACAACGGGUGUAGACUUUACCGUGAAUUGCUUGCUUACGAGCCCUUCCCAACUAUGCCCUUCCCAACUAUGUCAAAAAAAUAUACACUGCUCAAAAAAAUAAAGGGAACACUAAAAUAACACAUCCUAGAUCUGAAUGAAUGAAAUAAUCUUAUUAAAUACUUUUUUCUUUACAUAGUUGAAUGUGCUGACAACAAAAUCACACAAAAAUAAUCAAUGGAAAUCGAAUUUAUCAACCCAUGGAGG